UUAUCACUGCUUACACAUAAAUAAUGUGGUAAAAUAUUGUGUUAGACAUAAAUAGGUUUAUCACUGCUUACACAUAAAUAGGUUGGGUUUCCAUUGAAAAUAAAUAUCUUUCAUUUUCUUUGAUGUCUUUGUGCAUCAAUGUAGUGCUAAUUUUGUGUGGCACCAAAUUAUUUGUUUUUUCUUUAUAUUCUUUUAUUUUUUUAUGAUCUUUUCCAUUUCUUUUUUAUGGGAAAUUAAUACUACUUUCACAUUGUUAACAUGUGGGAUGGAAAAAUUUGAACAAUGCUCUACUUGCUAAUUAAUACUAUUAUCUAUUAUUUGUUUUACUUUCUGUGCUGAUUUUAGCCGUUUAUUGUUUAUUCAUUUUUUGUAGAUUGGAUAAUAAUUAUGCCACUAAGAAAAGGAGAAAGGACCUUAUAGAAGAAUUUGUAGCCCUCCAACAUAUUGUUUCAUCCAUUAAUUAUGCAUGUGCUAUGUAUAUAGUGAUUUUACAUGCUGCAUUCAAGAAGAAAGAAAUUAGGUUGCAACUACCUAGAUCACCUCACCCCUAUGGAAAACAAAUUGACCAUUUGAAUAGGUUGGUCAAUGAUAGUGACAUAAAUUGUCAUGACCAACUUCGAAUGAAUAGGCGUACUUUCAUGCUUUUAUGUGGGUUGGUGCGAAGUGUUGGAUUAUCUGAUUCAAAGUAUGUCGUUUUGGAGGAGCAAGUAGCAAUGUUUUUGAAUGUGCUUGCACAUCACACUAAGAACCGCAAAAUUAAAUUUAAUUUCAUGCGGAGUGGUCAAACAGUUAGUAAGCACUUCAAUAAUGUUCUGAAGGCUGUGUUGCGCCUCCAUGGUCUCCUCCUUAAAAAGCCUGAACCGGUAACUGCUAAUUGUACAGAUGAUAGGUGGAGUUGUUUUCAGAAUUGUCUUGGUGCUUUAGAUGGAACCUAUGUUAAGGUUCUUGCCCCUGCAAUAGACAAACCAAGGUAUAGAACAAGAAAGGGAGAAAUUGCCACAAAUGUAUUGGGUGUGUGCUCCCAAGACAUGCAAUUCAUAUAUGUCUUGCCUGGAUGGGAAGGAUCUGCUUCUGACUCUAGGGUACUUAGAGAUGCUGUCAGUAGACCCAAUGGGUUAAAAGUCCCUACUGGCCACUACUAUCUCGUAGAUGCGGGUUACACAAAUGGGGAGGGUUUUCUUGCACCAUAUAGAGGACAACGUUACCAUCUUUCCACAUGGAGAGAAGGGGGUGCCCCAAUAACUCCACAAGAGUUUUUUAACAUGAGGCACUCUUCUGCUCGUAACGUCAUUGAGAGGUGUUUUGGACUACUGAAAAUGAGAUGGGCAAUAUUGAGGACUUAUUCUUACUUUCCAAUCAAGACUCAAUUUCGUAUUAUCACUGCAUGUUGCCUUCUCCACAAUCUCAUACAACGUGAAAUGCCUAUGGAUCUUGAUGAUGAUGAGAACGAGGAAAUGAAUCCUCCUCCUCCAGCUACUGAAUUAGGAGAUGAAACGAUUGAUGUUGUUGAAGCAUCUGAUCAAUGGAGUGAAUGGAGAACUGCCUUGGCAACCCAAAUGUUUAAUGAAUGGCAAGCAAGCAGAGGUAUGGAUGACUCAGGUACCACUAGUUCUCGUAAGAAGGGGAAACCUCGAAGGUUUUGGAAUCACCGUGAGGAAGUAUUCCUCAUUACAACCAUGAAGGAUGUAAUAGCAAAUAAUCCCAGGUGGAAGCUUGAUAAUAAUCAGUUUAGGGCAGGCUUCUACAAUGAAUGUGAGAAGAAGAUCUUAAGUGCAUUUCCUGGAACUGAUCUUCGAGUUGGGCUAGUUUUUGUAACUUGGUAG